AUGCCUCCAAAGCUGGAUUACAGGCAACAGUGGGACAUUCAUGGCCGUUCAGAUUCAUAUCGUGUAGCUACUCUACCAUCACUUAGUGAUGACAACAAAACAGCAGAUGGAAAGGCCAAGUCAAGACGAAAACCUCCUGUGAAGAAACAAAGAAAAGGAGACCUAGAUGAUUUGAAACAGGAAUUAGAUAUCGACCAUCAUAAAAUAUCAGUUGAAGAAUUGUAUCAACGUUUUGGAACACAUCCUGAAACAGGAUUAACUCAUGCAAAAGCAAAAGAAAACCUAGAAAGAGAUGGCCCUAAUGCAUUAACACCUCCGAAAACUACACCAGAAUGGGUUAAAUUUUGUAAACAAUUAUUUGGAGGAUUUGCUUUACUUCUUUGGGUUGGCGCUAUUUUGUGUUUUAUAGCCUAUUCAAUUCAGGCUAGUACUGUUGAAGAGCCCUCAGAUGAUAAUUUUGCUACUGUGAUACGGCAAGGAGAAAAACUUACUCUGCGUGCAGAAGAUAUUGUUUUAGGAGAUGUUGUUGAAGUCAAAUUUGGUGACCGAAUUCCAGCAGAUAUUCGUAUCAUUGAAGCGAGAGGUUUUAAAGUUGAUAAUUCAUCUUUGACUGGAGAAUCAGAACCUCAAAGUCGUGGUGUUGAACUUACAAAUGAAAAUCCUUUAGAAACUAAAAAUCUUGCCUUUUUCUCUACUAAUGCUGUUGAAGGUACUGCAAAGGGAGUUGUUAUUAGCUGUGGUGAUAAUACUGUAAUGGGCCGGAUUGCUGGAUUGGCAUCUGGUUUAGAUACUGGUGAAACACCAAUUGCAAAAGAAAUACACCAUUUUAUACACAUUAUCACUGGUGUUGCUGUUUUUCUUGGUGUUUCAUUUUUUAUAAUUGCUUUUAUUCUUGGUUACUAUUGGUUGGAUGCUGUGAUAUUUUUAAUUGGAAUCAUUGUUGCCAAUGUUCCUGAAGGUUUAUUGGCUACUGUCACUGUGUGCCUAACACUUACUGCUAAGAGAAUGGCUUCCAAGAAUUGUCUUGUAAAAAAUCUUGAAGCUGUAGAAACUUUAGGUUCAACAUCUACAAUAUGUUCUGACAAAACUGGAACUUUAACCCAGAACAGGAUGACUGUAGCUCAUAUGUGGUUUGACAAUCAAAUUAUCGAAGCUGAUACUACUGAAGAUCAAUCAGGUGUCCAGUAUGACAGAACAAGUCCAGGUUUCAAAGCUUUGGCCAGGAUUGCUACUCUUUGUAAUCGUGCUGAAUUCAAGGGUGGGCAAGAAGGAGUUUCAAUUCAUGAAACUGAAGAUCCUAAUGAUCCACGUCACUUAAUGGUAAUGAAGGGAGCCCCAGAAAGAAUAUUAGAUCGUUGUUCAACUAUUUUUAUUGGUGGUAAAGAAAAACUAUUGGAUGAGGAAAUGAAGGAAGCUUUCAACAAUGCUUAUCUUGAACUUGGUGGAUUAGGAGAACGAGUUUUAGGUUUUUGUGAUCUGAUGCUUCCAUCUGAUAAGUUUCCCUUAGGUUUUAAAUUUGAUUGUGAUGAACCAAACUUCCCACUUAAUGGAAUGAGAUUUGUGGGUUUAAUGUCUAUGAUUGAUCCUCCUCGAGCAGCUGUACCAGAUGCAGUUGCUAAGUGCCGUUCUGCAGGGAUAAAAGUUAUCAUGGUAACUGGAGACCAUCCAAUAACAGCUAAAGCAAUUGCUAAAUCUGUUGGAAUUAUAUCAGAAGGUAAUGAAACUGUUGAGGACAUUGCACAGAGAUUAAAUAUCCCUGUAUCAGAAGUAAACCCCAGAGAAGCAAAAGCUGCAGUUGUUCAUGGGACUGAAUUAAGAGACACAGGUCCAGAUCAACUUGAUGAAAUAUUGAGAUAUCAUACUGAAAUAGUAUUUGCUCGAACUUCACCUCAGCAAAAGCUGAUAAUCGUGGAAGGAUGCCAAAGAAUGGGUGCUAUAGUUGCUGUCACAGGAGAUGGUGUAAAUGACUCCCCGGCGCUCAAGAAGGCUGACAUUGGUGUUGCUAUGGGUAUUGCUGGAUCUGAUGUUUCAAAGCAAGCAGCUGACAUGAUUUUGCUGGAUGACAAUUUUGCUUCGAUUGUAACAGGUGUAGAGGAAGGGCGCUUGAUUUUUGAUAAUCUGAAAAAAUCUAUUGCAUAUACCUUAACUUCAAACAUACCUGAAAUUUCACCUUUUCUUGCAUUCAUUCUCCUUGAUAUUCCCCUCCCUCUGGGCACUGUUACCAUCUUGUGCAUAGACUUGGGAACAGAUAUGGUGAGUUCAUUGUAA